AUGAAGUCUCUACCAACAGCAUUCACGUCUCCACCGCUCAUGGAAGGCCUCGUAUCGUCUCUCCACCGUGUCCUUGGACCCAGAUCGUCCCCGACCGCAAUCCAAGCUCUGUCCAUCAAGCAUAUCGUCUCCACGCUGCAAGUCCACGUACCGGACCGCGAACAGGCCCGUCGGUGGCGGGAGUUCCUCCUGGCGUCCGAGACUGGCUCUGGUAAAUCAUUUGCGUACCUACUACCGCUGCUGCAAGACCUGAAGAUGACGGAGUCGAAUCCGUUCCCUGAUCAAGUUCGCGAGACUCGCUCUCGGGCGUCGAUCAACCCUCGAGCUAUCGUGCUGGCGCCGACACACGAGCUGUCCCGGCAGCUGACGUCUUUCGCAAAGUCUGUCUCUCAUGACAUUAAACUAAGGAUUCUCUCUGCGUCGCGCUCUAAUGUGCCAAAUAUCUCUUCAGCCAAGUCCGCGUCGCAGAUGGCGAGAGACCUAGACAGGAUAUUUGGCGAGGGCGAGGCUGGUUCUGAGCUCGAGCUGAAAGGCCGGGGUAAUGCGCAGGAUCGCGACGUGGACGUUCUGGUCAGCACACCCAUGAAAUUGCUCGAGAUGCUCAGAGGGAGGUACUGGCGCGAGGAGCGUCCGAGAUUCCCUGGACAAAAUAACGAGAAGAAACCAGAGGUGGGAUUUGAGAGGGUAGAAUGGGUCGUCGUGGAUGAAGCCGACGUGCUCUUCGAUCCCGACUUCAGGACGUUCACCCAAGACCUGCUGUCGGACAUUAGCAAACAACGCGGCCACCCAGUCUCGCAUAUCCUGGAUCCGAAGGCAAAUAUAGCCGCGGGCCCUGUCCACUACCCAUUCCACUUACUGCUCACGACCGCCACCAUACCUGCGAUGCUGAACUCGUACCUGGAGAAAUUCCACUCGUCGAUGACGCGCCUCGCGUCGCCCAACCUGCACCGUUUACCCCGGACGCUGAAAAGGGAGACGGUAGGCACGUCGAGCGGGAACAGGAACGCCGACGUCGAGAAGCGUAUAAAACAGGUAUGGGCGGAGGACGCGGCUGAGGGCCGAGAGUUGUCCCGGAUCGUCGUCUUUUGCAAUCGCUCGACGAAGGUGCACGACCUGUGCGCGUACCUGCAAAAGGAAGGCGUCAAGUGCGUGGAGAUCACUAGUACGGGCGAGCAGAGGCUGCGCGGCUCCAACAAGCAUCUCGCUGGGUUCCUCAAGAAUACAUCUCCGGUCGUGGCUGAUGGGGACGAUGCUGACAUCCCGCGCGUGCUGGUGACAACGUCGCUGUUGUCGCGUGGCUUGGAUUUCUCGCCUUCGGUGUCCCAUGUCUUUAUCAUGGACGAACCGAGGAAUAAGGUCGAUUUCUUGCAUAGAGCGGGGAGGACGGCGCGGGCUGGUGGGAGAGGGACAGUGGUGAUAUUUGGGAAGGGUAAAAGAGCCGCCGACUUGGAUAGGGACCUGAAAAAGGUCAGAUAUUAA